GCUACGUAUUAGCCGCAGCGUUUGUGCAAAGUAAAAUCUACCAAUCACAGUAUGCAUAUGUGACCUUGAAGUGCUCAGCCUCUCCGUACGGUCGUGUGUGCAUUUUUCCAUUGCUCAACCAUCUUGACGUAAAACUCUAAGUCCUAAAAAUGAAACACAAACGGGAUUUAAAACAAUUACUUCAUCCCUACUAUAUUGUCAAUAUGCUCUUAAGUAUUCUAUUUUUCAUUACAAAAACUGUACCCGUGUUUUGUACAUGGAUGUAUGAAGACUGUCAUAUUGAUCUACAAGAAUAUGAACUGCUCAUCUGCUUAGGCAGUUUUGUUGCCUUACGAAAUAAACGACAAUUCUCCAUCCCUGAUUAUCUUGCCCACUUUUAUAUGUUCGCUAAAGUCAUUAAUCUUUUAAUGUUUUGGAAACAGAAUGUUGUCUAUUCUGUUUGCUAUGGUAUUUUAUGGUUAAUACAAGGAUGUUUUUUACAACAACCUGUCUACAAUGGACCUGAUAAAGUGAUGUACUUACGUGAUACUACAUUUGAGAAAGAAGUUAUCCACGGUAAUCCAAAAGUAACCUGGCUUAUCGCCUUCUAUACAAUCUGGUCACCUGCAUGUACUAAAUUACAGCCAGUAUUUGCUGAAUUAUCUGAAGAAUACGGGUCAGAUACAUUGAAAUUUGGUAAACUGGAUGUGAUUCGUUAUCCAGAUAUUAGUGUCAAGUAUAAUAUUGACACAUCGAGUUGGUCGAAACAAUUGCCUACACUUAUUCUCUUUCGUCAAGGUCGUGAGUUGACACGACGACCAGCUAUCAUUAAUACCUCGAAAAAAGCUAUCCAGAAGUUCAUUUUCACCUGGGAGAAUAUAAUCAGUGCUUUUUCAUUGAAUGAUAUGUAUACUAGUCAGAAAAAGAAGUCUGGUACAGUGGGGAGUCAAUGUAAGUCGACGGCCAGUUCGUCAGAUGAGGAUAAGAAGAACUUGUGAUAAAAGUAUUUAUACAUAAUACAUGAUUACAGUACUGUUAUGUUAGGUAUUUUUCUUCUCUAGUCUUUCUGAUAAUAUGACAUAAUAAUAUUACAUCAUUAUAUUGGACUGUUUUUGCACAGGCUAAAAAAGCAUAUUCAUUAGCUAGUAAGUAACUUUUCAGUUUAUUUUCAAUUAUUUCGCAUUGUGUAAACGUUACUUCUCUUUUUACGUAUGAUUUAAUUAAUUUAACUUGAGUAUUUUCAUGUAUAUAUAUACGUAUAUAUCGUAGACUUUCUAAUAAAAAAACAUUAAUUGCCU